UUUUGCUUCUUGGUUCUGGGAGUUGACACCAAAGAUGGUUAGAGUUCAUUAAAGAGGCUGGUCAAGGGACUAGAGACAUGUGGCAGGCUUACUCUGACAUGAAGGAGGCCAACUGGAAACACUCAGACAAAUACUUCCAUGCUAGAGGGAACUAUGAUGCUGCCCUAAGGGGACCAGAAGGAGCCUGGGCUGCUAAAGUGAUCAGUGAUGCCAGCGAGGAUAUUCGGAGGUUCACAGGACAUAGAGCAGAGGACUCAAGAGCUGACCAGUUUGUCAAUGAAUGGGGUCAGAGUGGUAGAGACCCCAACUACUUCCGACCCGCUGGCCUGCCUAGUAAAUACUGA